AUGAAUUAUUUCUUAGCUCAAGUACAUGAGAAAUUUGAACAUCAAAUAUUUUGUAACACUAAUUUAUUGGAAUUAAAAUGGUGUUUGGAAGAAGAGAAUGACGAAAUAUUUAGUGGAUUUGUAUUAGAACGAAUUGAAUCUGACUUAAUACUUAUUAUAUAUCCAGAUAGUAUUGAUAAAUUAGAAGAGAUAAAUUCAAUCAAAGAUCAAUUUGCAAAUUGUCUACAAAAAUAUUUUGACACCAUAGAAACACGUAAAGUAAUUGGAGUAGAUUGUUUUAAAAUUCAACUUUAUAUCAAUAAUAAUGAUGUAAUAAAUGCUAUAAAUGAAUGGAAAAUGUCUAAAAUUCCAAUUGUAUAUCAUAUAGAAGAUUCAGAGAAAAAUCUUAAAUUAAUUCAAUAUGCAAAAUUAGCUCAAAAUCAAUUAUUUCAAAAUGAUUUUUAUUCUAUUCAAAAAUCUAAUGAAAAAAUGAUUUCAUUAAUACCAGAUUUUUUAAUUUAUUUAAAACAAUUACAAUUACAUAAUAAUAAUAAUAAUAAUAGUAAUAGUAAUAAUAAUAAUAGUAAUAAUAAUAAUAGUAGUAGUAAUAAUAAUAAUAAUGAAAUAAUAAUAAAUGAAAAUUUAUUAAAUUUAUUAAUGAAUGGUAUAACAUGUAUUCAGGAUAUAAAAAAUUUACAAAAAUAUUUACAAAUUAUGAUUGGUCAAUCAAUUGAUCCAAAAGGUAUACGUUGUCAAUUAAUUCAUAUUAUUUUACAAAUAUUAAUUGAUUAUAAUAAAUUAAUUAUUAACAUAAAUAAACAAAUUAUUAUACCAUUAUAUCAAAUUACACCAGGUUAUGAAACAUUAGAUCAAAUCAAUAAAAAGAAAAUCAUAAAAAAAUCAAUAAAAAAUUUAAUUCAAUUAUUACAUACUACUAAUAAUAAUAACAUAAUAAUGAUUAUAUUGAAUUAA